AUGUGGCCAGCUUUGUUCCUGGUCGAUCGCGCGCUAUCGAUACCCUCAUUGCCAUUUUCUAAUUCUCCAGGCGGGUUCCAUUACAGUGGGAGUGGGCCAGGGGGCGGGAGUGAUAAUGGCGGGGAAACACCGAUCAGUCAAUGGUCAUCGACGAUCGGGAUUGUUACGGCGAUUGUGGGGAAUGUUCUAAUAUCCUUUGCUCUCAAUAUUCAACGCUACGCACACAUUCGAUUAGCUCGAGAUCUGGAAAAGAAACGCAUGCAAGAGGGAUGGAAGCAGGCUGUCUCGGGCUCAAGACUGUCGCACAAUAGAACAUCCUCGAUCUAUGGAACUCUCAACUGUAGUAAUGAAGGCCGUGUGCAGCAGAGCAUGGAUGAACCUGCACACGAUUUCGCAAAUGAAAACGUUCGGUCUCUUGUCAGAGAUAGUUCUAGUGAUGAUGGCAACGAUUAUUUACAGCAGUCAGUUCUCUCGGAACAAACUGUGGCUUCUCUGGAAAAGAAUGCUGAAUAUGGGGAACCGCAAUCCUACCUUCGAUCUCCAUACUGGUGGACUGGUAUCAUUCUCAUGGCAAUUGGAGAAGCUGGGAACUUUCUAGCCUAUGGGUUCGCCCCCGCAUCAAUUGUGUCGCCUCUAGGUGUUGUCGCACUAGUGUCCAACUGCUUAAUUGCUCCAUUUAUGCUCAAAGAAAGAUUUCGGCGGCGAGACUUCUUCGGAGUUCUUAUUGCUAUUGGCGGCGCAGUAACGGUUGUUCUAAGUGCGAACACAUCGGAAGGAAAGAUAGGUCCUGACGACAUUCUUGGGAUGGUUACGCGAUGGGAAUUCGAGCUUUAUCUUGGCAUUACAAUUGGUUUAAUUAUCAUUCUAAUGUGUAUAAGUAAGAGGUAUGGUAGGAGAACAAUUCUCAUUGAUUUAGGGUUGGUUGGUUUGUUUGGUGGUUAUACGGCGUUGUCAACUAAGGGCGUUUCCUCCCUGCUUUCGUACACUUUGUGGCAUGUGAUCACGUUUCCUAUUACAUAUGCCCUUGUUGCAGUGCUCGUUGUGAGUGCGAUGAUGCAAAUUCGGUAUAUCAAUCGCGCUCUGCAACGGUUUGAUUCGACGCAGGUUAUCCCUACUCAGUUCGUUUUAUUCACGAUCUCUGUAAUUCUGGGCAGUGCCAUACUAUAUCGCGAUUUCGAAUCUGCUACCAUGAAGCAGGCCUUCGAGUUCGUUGGAGGAUGCGCCUUGACAUUUUUAGCUGUUUAUCUUAUCACUAGUGGGAGGUCUUCGGGGGAGGACGAUCAAGAUAUCGACCAUGAUGAGGAGGAAGUUAUUGGAUUAUUGCAUGGCGCACGGUACCACGACUCUUUUGAUUGCCAGGACCAAGGCAGUGCAUGCAUCGAUCGCAGAACUGAUGGAGCAGGCAUCGUGGAAGUCCAUGGCGGAUCAUGCCGCGAUUCCCUAUUGUGCGACCAUCAGGUGAAUGAUGAAGAGACCGAAGAACUCCACACGCCAAGGGCUCCGUUGUCUAGCUCUCCCAUGUCGCUUCCUCCUUCGAUGUCCGAUGCAUCUUUACUGGAGCCUCCGCCCGGGAGUUCCGAAGAGCGAUUCACGCAGCCUUGGAUUCAAGACGGUGAAUGCCUUUCUCGAGCCGUGUCAAUUGAUCGGCACCCGAGCAUACCACACAUACCUUCUUCAAGCAUAACUUUACAGUUUCCAACAGCCCCAGGAGUGGCUGAUUCUCCCGGAGAAGCUGCAAAUGAUCGAGAUUAUGUUCUCUCACGACGACAUACAUUGUCUCGUAUGCCACGAUCUUCAUCACGCUCCCGUCUCUCAUUACGAUUUUCUCCUGGACCUCUGCUAACACCACUUUCUGGAGGUCUAAGCGCGGUUGUAGCGGAUUCUCUACGUCGCGGUCAAGUCUCGCCAAAAAAGAGUAAAGACCGACGACGUCGACGAAAAAGGAUGAUAUCGACCACAGAUGGGAUUGAUAGGGACACAGAAUACGAAACUGACAGCAGCUUUGUUGGUGGACAAGAAGAGCACUGCAGUGAGGAUUUUCUUCGCACAAGCAGCUUAGGAACAACAUUACCAUUCAGGCCCCCAUCUGCACCGCAUGGAUAUACCAUGCCUCGGGCCGGCGGACAGACUACUGACAGUACGCCUCGUCCAAGUCGUGGAAGGAAGGGAUCUUGGACAGACAAUUUGUCACGGUUCGGUGCUAGCUUACGACUCAGUAGCCGUAGACUUGGCCGUAUCUUCAUAGACGACGAAAACGACCGCCUUCACCAGCCAGACGGGACAACAGACCGGACCAACGUACAAACAUCAUGA